AGGUUGAUCUCCAGAACCUGGACUCCAUCCUGGACAGCAUGGGAGCCCAUUUAACCAAUGAGGAGCUGCAAGAGGCAUUGAAACAUGUGACUGUUGAUGCGGACGGGAAGGUGAAUUUGGGCGAAUUUAUGAAGGAGGUGAGGGCUGUCCAGAAAUUGCCCCCAGGGGAAGAGGACAAAGUGGAUGUGGGGAACCUGGACUCCGUGCUGGCCAACAUGGGGAUCCAUUUAACCCAGGAGGAGCUGCAGGAGGCGUUGAAGCACAGCCCUGUUGACAGGGACGGGACAGUCGGCCUGAGGGCGUUUAUGAAGAGCGUGAUGAGUACGCGGAGACCGUCCCAGGCUGAAAGGGACAGAGUUGAUCCUCAUCACCUGGACUCCAUCCUGGCCCACAUGGGGAUCUUCUUAACCCAUGAGGAGCUGCAGGAGGCGCUGAAAUUCGUGACGGUGGAUGCCGAUGGGAAGGUGAAUUUGAGCCAAUUCAUGCGAGGAGUGAGUGCUGCCCAGCCAAUGACCCAAAGACCUGAGAAACCUCAGACGACCUUUGGCCCCAUCUCUGAGACCAAUAUGACUCUGAAAUCCCUGCCGAAGAAGAUGAUGUUGAAACCCCUGCCAAAAAAGACCAGCGGGGAGUUAUCUGGCAUCCUCCUAGACAAGAAUAAGUGCAAAGCAGUAAAGCAUCUGACCAGGGACCAACUAGAAGCUUUCCACCAGGCCUACAGUUUCUUCAGUAAGGACGCAGAUGGCAGUAUUGACCUACAAGGCUUGGAGACGACUGCAAAGAAGCUGGGGAUUAGUUUAACCGAACAAGAGGCCUACGACGAGCUGUCAUAUGCUGAUGUGGACGGAGAUGGGAAAGUGAACUUCUCUGAUUUUCUGACCAUUGUCACCGACAACAAGCGCUUCAUCCAGGCUGUAGCCCCCGAGAAAGGCAGCCUGGAGGACUUUGAUUCCAUCAACGCCACGGGAAUCCUGCUCUUUGAGGUCCUGUCAAAGCUGGUGGAAAUGUCGGCUCUGCCCCGGAAGGCCAUGCUUGAAAUAGUCAGUUACUACCGACAGAAGUUCCUGGUGUCCACUGGCAGGAGGGCCUGGAUAGAUGCUGGCAGCUUAAUGGACCAUGGGAAGGGGCUCCACACACUCCGAAAAGCCCCAACUCCUCAGAGAGGCAGAGUCACUCCUAUGUCUGCCUUUGCGGGUGCUGCCCGCAUCUCAGUGAUGAAUGACAAAGAGCUGGAAGCCUACGUGGAAACCCUCAAGGCAAGCAGUGUCCCCUCUGACAGUCCUUAUGCUCAGGUACCCAUCUUCCCAUUGCUUCCCAACCGGAAUGGAAUGACAAUACCGAAGCCAAAAAAAGACUUGCAGAAGCUGGAGAUGCAGAGAAGGAAAGAGCCUAUAUCAUCGUUUGAAAACCAUUUUUUCCAUAAAAGAAACUGGCUGCGUGAGGCAACUGCGUUCAAACCUCCUGAUUACUUCAGAGAUCGGAAAACCUCCCUUAGUCUCGGCACUCACUUGAUGGAGAGGCGACACCGUUUGACUAUAGAAGACCUGCGUGAGAUACGACUAGAUGUGAAAAGGGUAACUGAAAUGUACAAGGAGGGGAUGGCACUCAAGGAGAGGAACAGGAUGCUGAGACUGUGGCGGAGGUUGCACGGUGGGCAGAUUGGGCUGGAGUCAGGGAACCACAGCUUCUACCACACUUUCUCCACCUACUCCUGGUCAUGGAACGCUCGCCAAGAGCUGGUGACACCCAACGAACUUCAGCAGUACGAUAACAAACUGUACCGCAGAGAACAUUCCUCAGCCCGCUCCGAUGACAGCGAAGUCAAGGGUGGGAUAAGGAAAGGAAAAGAAAGGAAAUGAGAAGAAAGAGCCAUAUUGCUCCAUUUUCUUAUCACUGUUGACUACUGUCCUCCUUCACAUCCCAUUAUUUUUCCCUAUAACAGUCUCAGGCUCUUACACAGGUGACACUGUCUGAGGGUAAAGAA